GCAUCACAGUCACAACAUUCUUCGCACUGGCCGUGGUAGGUCAGGCGUUGACCCCAUCAUCAUAUUUCACAACAGUAGACCAAGCCAGACUUAGGCGUGUGUUUGAAAGUGCUCAACCAUUUAAUGAUCUGGCAACAGCUCACUAUUCUAUCCUAGGAUUAAAGUUGUUGGGAGUCCCUGUUCCUAAAGCAUCAGAGACAUGCAGCUUCCUGAAGAAGAGAGCUGAUGUAAAAAGUGUAGAGUCAAUAUUCUUUGCAUCAUCUGCUAGUUCUAACCUUGGUAGCUGUGACUUGGGCUUUAAGUCUGUUGAUGGCUUGUUGAAUGAUGCCAUCAAGGAUAACGCAGCAGUAGUCACCAUUUACCAAGCUGUUUUAUCACUAAAAAAUUUGGGAUUAACAAUUGAUUCCAAGAAAGUUAGCUCUGCAUUGAAUGCAGCUUUAAAAAAUGAUGAUUCUCCAACUAGUGGAGGGUACUCAUUCUUCACUGCCUCAUUUCUGAGUGGAGAUGUCAACACAUUUUUUGAGAAUAUAGAAGAUAUUGUUGCUCAAGCAGAGGAGAUAGAUGAAAAAUACCUGCAAUUUGAAGGAGGACUUUUUACCACAGCCUUAGUAAUAGAUGGCGCUUAUAAACUUGCCGCUAAGGCCAAGAAACAACCCACAUUGUCACCAGAUAAAGUUUUGAAGUUUACCAACUACUUCCUGAGCCGUAAGCAUGUUCACCAGAUUAAGAGUGCCUCUAUGUUGCUGUCAGUAUUGAACACAUUGACAUCCAAUGACUAUCACAUCCCAGUAGCGGUCACCCUAGCCAGCCAGGUCUCUGUGUCAGACAAAAACCCAACAGUACAGGUACGUGUAACCAAUCUGAUGGGCAAGAGUCUUGGUAAACUGACAGUCACUGCAGACUCUGCCAAGAAUGUUGGAGACAAUAAUGCAGUUGUACUUAGCAAGAAACCAUUCACUGCAUCAAAAUCUGAUGACUCUCUCUACGAGUUGAACUUCAUGCAAGCCAAAGUGACCAAGGGCUUCUACCAGUUGACAAUCAGUGUAGCACCCACUAAGAAAGAUGCCAGAUUCAUUGGAAUCACUGGUGCAGAGAUUGGCAUCAAAGUGACCACCCAGGUUGCCAUAGAGAAUGUAGACAUAGGGAUUGCAGACAAAGACCAAAGUUCUGCAGCUAAAACUAUCAAAUUGCAACACCCUAACAAAGCAGCUAAUGUGAUGGAAGUGGAUCAUCACCAGAAGAUCAUCAUGAAAUUCCAGCUGAAGGAUAAAUCCACCAGCAAAGCUAUGACUGCUCAUCAAACCUUUGUCAGAUUGACCAACCAGAAGACAAAGCAGGAGAUCAUAUUUGUGGCAGAGGCUGAUUCAUCAGAUAACUAUAAGUUUGACUUAGAUGUUGGAGCCAGUGCUAAGGACUUUGGUCGGAUCUCAGGCAAAUACUCCAUGGAACUCAUAGUAGGGGAUGCUGUUAUCGAGAACCCCUUCUCUUGGCUUGUGGCUGAUGUAAAACUUGUGUUCCCUGAAGGAAGUGCACCCAAACCUCAGGAAGAUGUAUACAGCAAGAAACCAGAAAUAAAGCAUUUAUUCAAUGUUCCCGAGAAACGUCCCCCAGCAAUUGUGUCAAAUGUAUUCACAGUCUUGGUCUUUGUUCCCGUCCUGCUGCUUCUAGCCUUGUGGGUGAAAAUUGGAGUUAACAUUUCCAACUUCCCAGUAUCUCUCAGUGCUGUAGGUUUCCAUGUUGGUCUAGGAGCUAUAUUUGUUCUCUACUAUUUAUACUGGACACAACUGAACAUGUUCGUCACAGUGAAAUAUCUCUGCUUCAUUGGUGUCCCUACAUUCUUAUUUGGCAACAGACUUCUCAGUAGCAUAGCUAGCAAGAGAAAGUAGUCCUGAAUAUCUUCAAUUCAAGUCAUGAUCUACAGUCGAACAUUAGAUGGCUCUGUCCUCAUUUCUACAAUCAUCAUCCAUAUCAUCAUAAUCAUCACAUGGACAGUUCCAAGAACAUAGUAGAGCCAUACCAGGAAAUGUAUCUGAGUUGACAUUGUUUUCUUGCAUUUCCUAAAUUCUAUAUAGUUUUGAGGAGAUUCUCAAUCAAUAUGUGGACUGAAAUUACUCUAUUUAUACUGGAUGCAAUAUGGAUAACACACCUGACUUGACACAUUGAUAUGGAAGAAUGGUUUUAACUGAAAUAUUUAAUUUUUUGUGGUGUGAUAGACUUUUAUCUUUACCAUUCCAAUUCACAUGAACAAACUUUGCCAAACAAGUUUUUAACAAGUUCCCUAAAACUUAAUUCACUAUUUGCUGUAUUGUCAUUGAUUAUUUGUUGUUCAUGCAUAAUUAUGUUUUUACAAUAUGUGUCUCAUAUUGCUGAACAGAAGUAGUUGUGUAGUAUCAUGUUACAUAAAAAUUCUAUUGAAAUAUUUGUUGUGAUUGAGAUUUUUUUACUCAACAUUAGAAAGUGAUAAUAUUAUAUUAUAUAUAUUUGUGAAAUAAAUGUCACAAAACAUGAAA